AUGACAACCAAUCAAUUUAAAGUGUGUGAUAGAGUCGCCGUACGAGACUACCUUACGAUCUACAAAUGGCAGUUCGGGAAAAUUACUGCUGUUUUGGGAGUUUUGCACUACGAUAUAAAGCUCGACGAUGGUCGUAUCUGGAAACGCCACGUGGAUCAGAUUCGAAAAAUUGGUGAGGACCUAAACCGCGACACGUUAAUUGAGGUAUUGCCACCAGAAGAAACAGAGGGUGCUAAUUCGGUUAUGAAGAAUUCACCAGAACCAUGGGUUAUGAAGGAUUUACCAGAACCACAACAAUCCUUACAAAAAACAAAAACUGACUCAACAGAAGUGGCAAAAUCUCAGCAAGAAGAACAACAAACGACGGAGCCGAUAAAAACAACCACAACCGUUGGUGAUGACGUAAGACGUUCAAAUCGUAUGCGAAGACCACCGCAGCGACUGCAAUAUGGAAAUUAG